AUGGCGCUCCCCUCUGAAGGAAGAACAACUAUUCGGAGCUUUCUGACCGAUGAAGAAAUCAUCGAACCUACCUCCGACCGGUAUGCCUCAGCAACGGAUUUCUGGACCGCAUACAAGAAUCCUAAACCGCAACUGGUUCUACGGCCAAAGUCGCUCCCUGCUCUCCAGAAAACUGUUCAGUACCUCUGUGCCUCAGACCUAGAUUUCUCGGUCCGAUCCGGUGGUAAUAAUACAUCCGGUGCGAAGCAUGUUCAGCUGAGUAUGAGUGCUUUCGACAGCUUUGAAUUCGAUCAGGAUAGCGAGACGGUAACUAUCGGUGCUGGCCAGACGUGGGGAGAGGUUGAUAGGAAGGUGGAGGAGGCGGCUCCGGGGUAUACAGUUUUGAGCACUAGGGUGCCCUUCGUUGGGGUUGCAGGUUCACUUCUCCUUGGAGGGAUGUCGUGGUUUUCCGGAGAGCACGGCCUUUGCUCAGACCCUCAUAACCUUCUUGACGCCCAUGUCGUGCUACCUGAUGGUAGAAUGCUCUGGGCCUCGACGGAGCCAGAUCUUCUCUGGGCACUUCGUGGUGGAGGUGGGAACUUUGGAGCCUCGCUUCGAUCGCUAGCGGGUAAUACCAUCAUGUUGUCUUCACCACUUGUCGACACUAGUUCAAUUGGUCCCGACUUUGUUGUAAGAAUAGCAAAAUUCUACGAGCAGGCAGUGGAGGCGAACAAGGCUUUGGGGUCUGGUACCUUGGUUGUUCUGGAAGUCUUGGGCAAAAUCUUCGGGCCCAACUAUGAACGACUCCGGCAUAUCAAAACAAAAUAUGAUCCCAAAGCUUCGCCCCAAACUGGCCAACUCAACAACCACGCUGCAUCUCUCCCCUCCAUCACGAUGUCGAAUUUGGCACCCUCCGCGUUCCGACAGGCACUUCGUGCGUACCCACGACGAUGUGCCUCUAUUCGGCCGGCGGCUCCCCGGACAGCUGCAGCGAGAAGGUGCUAUACAUCCGAAUCAAAGCCAGCCAGGGCCCAAUCCAGUGUGGACUUGGAUGUGGACGUUGCCAUCAAAACUGGGCAAAGGCCAUUCGCUGAACAAACCGGUAUCCGGCCACAUAAUGUUACUGUACCGGGCACCGCAGUCGACAGUGAUGCCAUGAUGGGUCCGUCGACUGGUAUUCUGAAGCAAGCUACCGUCUUAGACCAAGGCAACCGACCCAUAUAUCUCGAUAUGCAAGCCACGACGCCUACAGACCCACGUGUGCUUGACGCAAUGCUUCCGUUCCUCACAGGCCUUUACGGGAAUCCGCAUUCGAGAACGCAUGCGUACGGAUGGGAGACCGAAAAGGCUACGGAACAGGCCCGAGAGCAUGUCGCCAAGCUGAUUGGUGCGGAUCCCAAGGAAAUCAUCUUCACCAGCGGCGCGACGGAAAGUAACAAUAUGAGCAUCAAGGGCGUGGCGAAGUUUUUCGGCCGGUCAGGGAAGAAGAAGCACAUCAUCACCUCACAGACCGAGCACAAGUGCGUGCUAGAUAGCUGUCGACACCUUCAAGAUGAAGGGUUCGAAGUGACUUACCUCCCCGUGCAGAGCAACGGAUUAAUAGAUUUGAAAGACCUUGAGGCCGCAAUUCGUCCGGAAACGGCGUUGGUCAGUAUCAUGACGGUCAACAAUGAGAUUGGCGUUAUUCAGCCCGUGAAAGAAAUCGGCACUCUAUGCCGGUCCAAACGGGUGUUCUUCCACACCGAUGCUGCCCAAGCGGUUGGCAAAAUCCCCAUUGACGUCAAUGAAUGGAACGUUGAUCUCCUUUCGAUUUCUGGACACAAGAUCUACGGGCCGAAAGGCAUCGGAGCUUGUUAUGUCAGACGGCGGCCGAGAGUCCGUAUCGACCCCAUCAUUACAGGUGGUGGCCAAGAGAGAGGACUUCGAAGCGGCACUCUGGCUCCUCACCUUGCGGUCGGCAUUGGGGAGGCGUGCCGCAUUGCAAAGGAAGAAAUGGAGUACGAUGCGAAACGCAUCAAAGCGCUAUCCAAACGGCUUCUUGAUGGCCUCCUCUCGAUGGAACAUACGUCCUUAAACGGCGACCCCGAAAAACACUAUCCCGGCUGCGUCAACGUAUCCUUCGCCUACGUCGAGGGUGAGUCCCUCCUGAUGGCCCUCAAGGAUAUCGCACUGUCCUCUGGUAGUGCAUGUACUUCUGCCUCGCUGGAACCCAGCUACGUGCUCCGAGCGCUCGGAAACAGCGACGAGAGCGCACAUAGCAGUAUACGGUUCGGCAUUGGACGGUUCACAACAGAGAGCGAAAUUGACUAUGUGUUGAAGGCGGUGAGAGAGCGAGUGUCGUUCCUGCGGGAGCUCAGCCCGCUGUGGGAGCUAGUGCAGGAGGGCGUUGACCUAAAUACCAUCGAAUGGAGUCAACAUUGAGCGCUGGUAUUUUAACCGGCCCGGUCUCAUUACAUGAUUUCACAUUAAAAAUACCCUCCUCUCUUAUUCGGCGAGACCUUGUUUUGGUUUUAUUAAUCCUUGAUGAUGUGUUUUACACUAACUGAUUGUACGAUCAGAAUGAUAUCUAAACACCUAGCAAACUUCAUAUCACCCAUCUUUCGUAACCACCUUUGUCGAUACUUUUUUUUUUCGUCUUCUCUUCUACUAUGCGAAGCAUCUAGUUCCAUGUUACAAUAGGUGUUUCCCCCCUCAUUUACAUCUCAUUUCACAGCCCGGUCUUUGCUGUGUGCAUAUCUGUAUGAUUUCUUUCUCCUUCUCUGUGUAUUAUUAUUAUUACCCAAUUUGCCUUUGCCCUCC